GUGGCCAGUCAUACUCUCCUAAUGUAACUGAAGGAUCAGUUCAAUAUGUCUGUCUAGCUCAAGGGAGCAUGAUUGGUACUUAUCAAGCCAUAGCUCUUAUAGCUACAUUCACUCCUAACCCAGGAGAACCUGAACAAACCAGCAUAUUUGAUAUUGAGUGUAGCAGUGGUACAUGGAGUGGAAGGACUGGUAGUUUAGAUCCUCCUCCUGCCAGUGUUGUUGGUGUUCCUCCAAGAACUGAUUGUUAUCGGUGUCGGGAAGGUUUUGGUGGUGAUACUAGAUGUAGAGAAUGUGACAGUGCUUGUAAUUCUGGACUGAUGAGGUGUACUGGAUCAGGCUCUGGUGAUUGUUGUUUAUCAUUUACUGCUAAUGGUCAGUGUGAUGGUAGCACUGACUGUACAUCAUCAGGUCCUAACUAUGUUGCUACUGAGAGUAAUAACUUCACUUGCAGUAAGUAUUACAAUUGUAUUACUAUUUUUUAUUAUACUUUAUUAUUAGCUUGUAAUCUAACCUGCUCUGCUAGUUAUACUGUUAAUUCUAAUUGUACUGGCUGUGAUUCCACUAGUAUCUGUGAUGCAGACAGUCCAUGUAUGAAUGGAGGACAGUGUAUACAGUAUUCACCUCCUGAUAAUUAUACUUGUAAUUGUACUGAUACUGGAUAUGAGGGAGUCAACUGUACUGUGAUGCCCUCCCCUACUCCUUCACCUACUUCUUUUGCAUGUACUGUUUCAAACUGUGAUAAUUGUCAAAACUCAUCUUGUUGUAAAACCUGUUCAUCUGGUUUCUAUUUGAAUCCUGAUGGAUGCACCUGUGGUUCUUCAUCAUCAGUAGACCUUUAUGAAUCAGUUUCUUCUUCACUUGAUUCAUCAGUGACAAAUCUACCCUCAACUGAAACUCCUCAGUUACUAUCAUUGACACUAAUGAUUGUAGCUCCUGUUGUAUUUGUGCUAUUACUCUGU